AUGGGAUUGCUUUCCUUGGGUACCCCACUAGACUGGCACGAGUCUAAAAAGCACAAUGAACAUGUUAGAGACAAUGGAAUCACCCAGUUGAUGAAUAUUUUCCGUCAACAUUAUAAUAGAGACAAUGAUAGAUUUUUAUGGGGAGACGAGGUCGAAUACAUGUUGGUUGAUUUGGAUGAACAACUGAAAACAGCAAAGUUGGCUAUUGAUAAGGACUAUGUUUUGGAUGAUUUGAAUGAUGAGACCAAAUCACUCCCCAAGGCUAAGGAAAACAACGUCUUGUUCCAUCCUGAAUAUGGUAGAUAUAUGAUUGAAGCUACACCAGCAAAGCCAUACGAUGGAGAAAAACUUGAGGACUAUGUCUAUGUUGAAGGUAAUAUGAUCAAGCGUAGGGAAUUGAGUAGUGACGAACUUCCGUCACAUAUUAAACCAUUGACAAUAACUGCGUUUCCAAGAAUGGGCUGUGGAAACUUCACUUCACCCCCAGCAAAACCAAUUGGACCUGCUUCACAAUCAUUGUUUUUACCUGACGAGAUUAUUAACCGACACGCUCGAUUCCCAACUUUAACUGCCAAUAUUCGGAAAAGGAAAGGACACAAGGUUGCAAUGAAUUUACCCAUGUAUCCUGAUAAACGUACAAAGUUGUUAGAUGAUUCAAUACCUACCAAUCGUCAAUUGUUUAAAAGCGAUAAAGAACCUCACAUUGGUGCAUCCAAGCCAGGUCAUGUAUAUAUGGAUUCAAUGGGAUUUGGUAUGGGUUCAAGUUGUUUACAAAUUACAAUGCAAUGCGAAAACAUCAACCAGGCGAGAUAUUUAUAUGAUACUUUGGUUCCAGUAGCACCAAUAUUGUUGAGUUUAACCGGUGCAGCGCCUAUAUUCAAAGGUUAUCUAGUUGAUCAAGAUGUGAGGUGGAACGUCAUUUGUGGUGCAGUUGACGAUCGUACAUUUGUUGAAAAGUCACAAGAACCAUAUCCACACUAUCAUCUAUUUGGUGGAUUGGACAUAGAUGAGAAGGAAAACUUACAGGUUAAUAAUCAUAGUGUGAAUGCAUAUGGAGAUUUACAGGAUCUAUACACAAAAGAUGGCAAGCCUAUUCAAAGGGUACCCAAAUCGCGAUACGGCUCAGUAGACAAUUACCUCAGUGAUCACAAAUUUGAUACAGGUUACUUCAAAGAUAAUUUUAAUGACUUGAAUGCACCAAUAAACUCCAAAGUUUUUAAACGUUUACUCAAUGACAAACUGGGACAAUUUGACAAGUAUUUGGCCAACCAUUUUGCCCAUUUAUUUAUUAGAGAUCCGUUGGUAAUAUUCAGCGAAAGAAUCAAUCAAGACAAUAAUUUGAGUAACGAUCAUUUUGAAAAUUUACAAAGCACCAACUGGCAAACCCUACGCUUUAAGCCUCCAGCAUUAUAUGAAAGCAGGUCAGAUGGUGAAAUUGACUUCACUGACAAGCCAGGAUGGAGAGUCGAAUUCAGACCAAUGGAGGUUCAAAUUACUGAUUUUGAAAAUGCAGCAUUUUCAUCGUUUAUUACCUUAUUAUCACGUGCUAUAUUGAAAUUUAAACCUAAUUUGUAUAUCCCCCUUCUGAAGGUAGAGUUGAAUAUGACAUUGGCUCACAAAGUUGAUUCAGUCUUGAAUGAUAAAUUUUGGUUCAAGUCGAUGGAUUCAUGGAAUUUAGAUUAUCAUGAGUUUACUGGAUAUGAUUUCACUUGGUUUGAUCGAUUUUUGAUGGAGGGAAAUGACGUUUUAGAAGACGGACCUGUUUAUUUAAAGGGAUAUGCCUCCAGCGCAAGUAUUGCUGCAAUGAAUGGUAAAACAAAUGGUAACGGUGUUGCUCAUAACUUACAUAUGAAUGGAUCAGUAGCCGAGAACAAGAAAGGAUGCGAGGGAAAGACGGUUGAAGAUGUGAAUGAUGUCGAUGAUUUCGGUAUGGAUCAACGUUACACAUUGAAUGAAAUCAUUAAUGGAGAUGGUAAAUUUCCUGGGUUAAUCAGCUUAGUCAUUAAGUUGAUUGCAACUGAAUUAGUUCCCGAAUCAUGUCAACAUUGUCCCGACACCAAAUGCGCCCAAACAUUGAUUAGAUUGAAAUACUAUCUCAUGUUAAUUUCGAAACGUGCUAGUGGUGAAAUACCGACUGCAGCACAUUGGAUGAGACAUAAAGUAUUGAACAAUCCAAAUUAUGAACAGGAUUCAAGAGUGCCAGAAUUGAUCAACUAUGAACUAAUUGAGGAUAUUGACAAAUUAACUCAUUUGCAGGAUAAAGAAUUGGUGACAGGCUUCUUUGGUGAUGUAAUCAGUGACUACUUGUUGAGUAAUAGAGUUCCCAUAUAA